AAAUAGUGCAUCCACCAAAUCCAUCUCACCCUCCAACACAAGAAACAGCAGAACGCACAGCGCGCAUCGCUUGCUUGUUGCUUGUCGUGUCGCACGCAUCUCCUUCAUCGCCCCCUCUUCAUCUCACACCCGCAUCACUUCCCACGCGCGUCUCUUCAUACUUCAACGUGUACGCAACAGACGUGUUGUCCUUGUUUGUGUUGUCUGCCUUCGCUGAGGUUGUGAGGCGAGGCUGUGCAGGCAGUUCUUCUCUGCGAGUUUAACUUGUGGGUUGUCGUAGCUUCGUGCUUCCCGUUUUCUUCAUCUUCUUGGGGGCUGUGUCGUCCACCGCGCAACAUGGAGGAAGAAGGCAUCGUGUUCCAAGGCCCCUGCUACAAGCAAGGUGGCGUCGUGAAAAACUGGAAGCGGAGAUGGAUGAUCUUGAGAACAGAUGGGCGGCUGUACUACUAUGCCAUCAACAACUCCAAAGUGUACCCGAGGGAUGGCUUCAAGGGCGUGAUUGAGGACUUUGUGGAUGUGUGCCAGGGAGAGACAACAGAGUUGCUGACAUCGUGGCCACGGGAUGCGCCGCAAUCUUGCAGGUUCUCCCUGCCAACAAACCAGCGGACAUACCACAUCUACUGCGACACAGCGGCAGAGUGCCAGAAGUGGGCGGAACACCUCAACAACACAUGCAGACAAAAGGCCAAAGCAGACAGGCACUGACCCCUGCGCCCAUCGUUGUGUGUGUGUGUGUGUGUGUGUGUGUGUGUGUGUGUGUGUGUGUGUGUGUGUGUGUGUGUGUGUGGGCGGUUCUUUGUACAGUGCGCCCUGGUUGUCGGGUGUGUCGUGAGGGCCUUGCCAGUGUGGCCUAUCGUGUGUCACGCGAUGUGAACUGUUCUGUGUCAGUGUUCCGGUGGUGCUCUGAGCGUGUGGUGGUGGUGUAAUGCUGUGGUGUUGCUGCUGUUCGUGUCCGUUCGCUGUAACGCGGAUUGAUGAUGUUUGUUACUCGCCCGCUGUCGUCGUGUUUUCUUUCACCGUCUCUGCUCCUGUCAUCGCUCCCUCCAACUGUUUCUUUCACUGCCUGUCCAUUCCUUCAUCGUCCGCGCGCCACAACCACACACACACACACACACACACACACACACACACACACACACACACACAUGGCGUUGCCGUGCAAGUCCACACGCAGCUUCGUGUAUGUGUGUGUGUGUGUGUGUGUGAAGUUUCAUCGUCCCUCCUUUGUCUCCCCCUUGCCGGAAUUCCUUCCUUCACAUUAGCUGCAGUUGCGUCUAUCAACCCCCCCCCCACUUGUUCGCUUUGCUUCCUGUUCUUCGUUGUCCCCUUGCAUGUUCUCGCGCCGAUGAUGGGAGGCACUGGUUUGUCAGACACCCCACCGUGUUCCUCCCUUCUUUCUCAUCAGCAUUUGCUUCUUUCUUUCCUUCUUUCCAUUCAUUUGUUUUGGUGUCAGUGUGUAAGGCUGUUCACAGAGAGUAUAACUAAGAGUCGACACCCAAUAGUCGUGCACA